UUUAGUAACAGCAUUUUAGUAACAAUUCAUAGCUUCGGCUUAUGAGUCAAUCUAACAGUAAGCAAAUCUUGAAAUAAUUAUAAAGUAAAGUUCAAGCUUCAUUUGUCUUUACCCGUUCUCCAAGCAUUUCCCUAGCGGUUGUUACUCGCUGUAAUGCUCAUAUUUGGGUAGAAAUAUCUUAUACCUCGUUAAGUACCUCUUUGUUUAUAUUCGCUCGCUAUUGGCCUUCAAUAUCCUACCAAAAACUAGACACUAGACACGAGAUACGAGAUAGAUCUCGCCUGAAUUCAAAGAAACAUCAUAGACCAAACGUUUAUCUCAUUUAGAAUGCCUCCAACGCUCAUACUAGUCCGCCACGCUCAAGCUCGCCAUAAUGCAGAAAAAAAUUUUACAAUACCUGAUCCGGACUUGACCGAGGAGGGACAUGGGCAAUGUGUAGACCUACGGAAGAGUCUCAUAGAAAACCCACUGGCUCAGCAGGCCGAGCUCAUCGUGGUCUCUCCCUUACGCAGGACGAUGCAGACAGCAUUCCGGUCUGUCGAUUGGCUUAUUGAGAAGGGUGUCAAGAUAGAAGCCGAUGCGGAUUGGCAAGAAAAUUCAAACCAUGAAUGCGACACCGGGAGCCCCAUCGAUAAGCUCAUAGAAGAGUUUCCCACGGUCGACUUCUCAAAGGUCGACCCGGUCUUCCCAGACAAGACAUCGCCACUAGGUAGCCGCUAUCACUUCACGAAAUCAGCUCUUUUAGCACGUGCUCAAGCAGCCCUAAAGAAGCUGUAUGAACGUCCGGAAAAGGUAAUCAUCGUCGUCUCUCAUUCAGCCUUCUUGCGACUCGCAGUUUCCGGUUAUUGGUACUUUAACGCCGACUAUCGCAUUUUCGACUUUGCGCCUGUGAACAAUCCGGGAGACCCAUAUCAACUCGAGCAGCACGAGUCUACCAGAGAGAAAGGUGGAGGGCUCGGCCGGAGCUGGGUCGACCCUAUAGUGCUAGGCUCGGAGCUGCCGGGAGAAGAUCCGGAUGCUAAAGACAACGGAAGCGGAAACGGCCGGGGAUAUUGAAGACGGCUUUUUAGAUAUCGGUCACGAACAGGAUAUAGGGAUCCAUGGCCAUCAUAACGUAGUUAUAAUUACCUCUGUCAAAUGUUCCCUGCAAUACGGUUUCGAGUUUCAGGAUAACCACGUAUAGCAGAUUAAAGCGAGAAAACUCAUGCAACAUCUGAUGAUUUUUUUUUUUUCACCUCAUUCCGACGCUACUUAAGCGUCUAGUAUGUAGUAAAUGGGGAUUCUGGCUAAUAAACCAGACCGAACUGACCGAAAUGAAGAAUCGAGGCUAUGUUAGUGGUCUCCAUCUAAAGGCUCCAUCCUAACUUGAGAACCGUCCCAAUUCGUACCGAUGAAACAGCGCGUUUUGUUAUUUAUUCAUCCUACAAUUGACAGGCAUGUUUCUGGCUGAUACUGCACAGCCUCAACUACUAC